AUUUCGGCAUCUCUCAACACCGCAAUCGCAGCGUCACCGAGCGCGGAUCGUUGAUGGUCGCAUCGCGUUAGCUCUCAACGCCAAGACAUUCGGCACAAUGGCCGUCUCAACCGACGUGUACACUCCGACAGAGGAUCUCAUCCUUGCGAAACCUCGAAGACGUUUUGGCACCGGUGUUCGGUGGCAGCAUUGGCAAUUACGAUCCCUCAUCGGCACCGACGGUCAGAACCAUGUCUACUUCCCAGUUCCCGGGAACGAUAACAGGAGUUGUCCUAUACAGAGGCUGAACACCAAAACCGGAGAGGUCGACACCGUCAAACGGCUGUCUUUCAACCCAAGGUGUCUUGUGGCGCGCAACGGUUGGGUAUGUUGCGGAGGCGAGCUGGGCCUGUUCAGCGCAUUCCGGGUGGGUGAGCGAGAUGUGCCCGGCGGAGCCGACAGCAGGCCUGACCAUCAAGCCGACGGCCGCUUCUCUGUCGACGUCUUGAACCCUACACCGGCGCUCUCGCCAGAGGCUCGUGCCCAAAAGGACCUCAUGGCACAGAGCAUUGGUUUCGGAAAGGACCGGGUAAACUGCAUUACGCUAUGGUUCCCACCCACUCUCGUCGAGCCGUUUGAAGGGGCAUACGAUCAGGAUGUUGCCGUCUUGGCCCACAACGACAGCUCUGUCGUUGUGGUUAGCCUUCGGGAUCAGGAACCGCUGGAUAAGAUCACUUAUCCUGACUACAUGAACCGUGGGGUCAUCUCCCCCGACGGGCGACUUCUUAUUGCCAUCAGCGAUGAUCCCUACCUGUAUAUCCACGAGCGGAAAGAGAAGAAAUCGGAAAGUGGCGCAUCCGCCAGAGCUGCAGACCGUCCAGUGUACGAAUGGAGUGCAUGCGGCAGGAUCCAGCUGAAGAGCCAGAGUAAAGAUGACCGCUCAGAUAACAGGGGGAGCUUCGCAGCCUGCUUCUCCAGCACGGGUACGUACCUUGCCGUGGGAACCCAAUACGGCACGAUUUCGGUGUUUGACGUUGCCGCGCUGGUCACCCCGGGGGUAAAUCCGUUGAUUACGUCGUUCCACGCCUCUCGGCCGAAUGCCGAAUUCGGCGCCGUGCGAGACAUGGCGUUCUCUCCUGGCCCAAUCGACCUUCUAGCCUGGACCGAGGAUCGAGGCCGUGUAGGUAUCGCCGAUAUUCGCGCGGGCUUUGACUCGCGGCAGAUUCUAUACCUUGAUAAAGACGGUGACUUUGACGACCUGGCGGUCACUGACCGAGGUAUUGCUGACUUCGGCCUCGACCGAGGUACCAUCGACUUCCGCCUUUUUGAACCGCGGGAAGAGGGGGGUGAGUCUCUACUCUCGAGCUAUGCAAGGUCGGCGGAAGCCUCGGCAGGAAGCCGACCAACUCGUCAGCCUGAAGGACAGACGCCCUUGGCACGGAUUAACGUGCCACUGACGGGAGAAGAAACGGCUGUCUUGGAAGCAAUCCAAGAUUUUCGCCGACGUCAGGACCAAUACAAUGCAGGCCCUAACAGGACAGGCUCGGAAAGCGGUGGCAGCAACAGCAACGGCACCAGUGGAGGUGGCGGUACCGGAUCGGGCACUGGCUCAAGACCGCCUUGGGCCGAGAGAGCGGCUCGGGCGGCCGAGGCACCCCGCAGAGAACGGACGGCGAGUGUUUCGCGCGCGGUGAACGAGAUACUGGACAACAUCCGUGACCAAAGAGAGCGGAUUCGGGACACGCAUGAGCGGUUGCGGACGCGGGAGGACAGCAAUGGCGAGAGACGCCGGUAUGCAGCCAGCCCCUUCUCUGGACUUAGCAUCGCCCUGGGGACCGCGGGAUCGGGAACCAGCGGACGCGGCGCGCUGGUCUCGCGGCUCUUGGCAAACACCACGAAUCCCACUUUCUCGGGCGGCUGGGAUAAUGUGGAGGCCCUAGCUGCGUACCUCAUGCGCGAGUGGGAAGACAGUCCCACCCGACGAGUCCUCGGAACUUACGUGACUUCGCACUCGCGCCCUGGACCGUACGACACGGCCGGGCUGGCCUGGAGUGACCACGGGGAUACUCUGUUCAUUGGUGCCGAGAAUGGUAUCUACGAGUUUCGAGUCAAUUUAUUUGGGCGGAGGCUAUCUCCGAGUAUCACUUUCAACUAAGGACAUCGGACAUGGGACCUUUUGGGGGGGGCCGCAUUGCAUGGGAAAGGCGUUACAGGCGUUCUAGUGACAUGGCGAUUGGUUGUGAGGUGCUGAUGGCCGAGAUUGUCAAUAGCUCUGGCCGGUCUCUCAGAGUUCACGAGUAUAACGUUGGUUCCCAGAACAAAAAAAU